AAUUCAAUUAGUGGAAAAGUGUUUGACUGUUAUGCCAUUUUAAAUUCUUGAUUUAACCUCAUUUCUUAUGUGUUUUCUAUAUGCCAUUUUGAACUUUUUUUCAUUCAUGGAUGUUUUUGUGUUCAUAAAUUAGAGAUGCCGUGAUAUAUUCUUUCCCACAACUUUUCAUACCAGACCAACUGGAGCUCUAGUAAUUAGUUUUCUUAUAAAAUAUCCAUUGCCAAAACUCAUCUGUAAGGGUGCCAAGUUCUGUUGUCGACUUGUUAUGUUUUGCUUCUGAUUUCCAAUAAGCCAAAUUUUAUCAACAAUAAGCGGACUAGCUCUAGAAAUGUGUUAAAAGUGCCAGAUACUGUAGAUUAGUUCAAUUAAAUUGUUUUUGAAUGUUUACUGUGGAUAUGACUCCAAUAUGCUCAAUAAGGAUGGAUCUUUUAUGUUUUUACCAAAAAAAAAAAAAAAUCCAAAUCUUUGUUCAAAUUGCAAUUAUGGACAAUCAUUUUAAUUUUGUCUAUCAUAUACACAACCUUUCAUGUAGGUGUUAAAUGCAGCCAACCUUACAAUUCUGGUGAUUUCUUCACAUUAAACAAUCUGUGAAUUCUCAUGUUGCAGGACUUGAAUUCUUCCAGCAGUGGCCAUGUCUUCUUCAUAUCUUCCUGCAACAACAGACUCCAUUUCUCUGGCUUUAGAAGCUAAAGAUCCAUCUGAGCGCAUUUCCAUUCUUUACCAGAUACUUGAAAACCCUUCUUCUUCUCCAGAAGCAUUGAGGAUAAAAGAACAGUCUAUUACAAACCUUUCUGACCUUCUUAGACAAGGGAACAGGGCUGAAGAUCUUUAUGGGCAUCUUACUCAUAUGAGACCAUUCUUUGCCCUAAUUCCCAAGGCUAAAACUGCCAAAAUUGUCAGGGGAAUAAUUGAUUCUGCAGCUCGAAUACCUGGUACAUCUGAUCCCCAAAUUGCUUUCAAGGAAAUGGUAGAAUGGACCCGAGCAGAAAAGCGUACAUUCCUUAGGCAGCGAGUUGAGGCAAGGCUUACAGCUCUUUUGAUGGAAAAUAAGGAAUAUUGAGAAGCAUGGACUCUUCUUACCAACUUGGUGAAAGAGGUGAGGAGGUUAGAUGACAACGACUUACUAGAGUGUAAGCUACAUUUUUCCUUGAGGAACCUUCCCAAGGCAAAAGCUGCUCUUACAGCUGCCAGGACAGCUGCAAAUGCUAUAUAUGUACCCCCAGCUCAACAAGGCACAAUUGAUUUGCAGAGUGGGAUUCUUCACGCCGAAGAGAAGGAUUAUAAAACUGCUUACAGCUAUUUCUUUGAAGCAUUUAAGUCCUUCAAUGCUCUUGAAGGCCCAAGGGCAGUUCUCAGUCUUAAAUACAUGCUACUAUGCAAAAUCAUGGUGAAUCAAGCUGAUGAUGUGACUGGGAUAAUUUCUUCAAAGGCAGGUCUCCAGCACAUGGGGCCAGAUUUGGAUGCUAUUAAAUCCGUGGCUGAUGCUCACUCCAAGCGAUCUUUGAAGUCGUUUGAGAUUGCCCUGCGCAAUUAUAAGGCCCAGCUGGAGGAAGACCCAAUUGUCCUCAGGCAUCUCUCACAAAAUCUGUGCAGAUUGAUUGAGCCUUUCUCAAGGGUUGAGAUUGCCCAUAUAGCUGAACUGAUUGAAUUAUCAAUUGCUCAUCCGGAAAAGAAGCUGUCACAGAUGAUUCUGGACAAGAAGUUUGCUGGGACAUUGGAUCAGGGUGCUGGGUGCCUCAUCAUAUUUGAAGAUCAGAAGACAGAUGCAAUCUACCCUGCAACUUUAGAAACCAUUUCCAACAUGGGCAAGAUUGUGGAUAGCCUGUUUGUCAGUUCUGCCAAGAAAUUUUCAUCAGUGGAAUUUUGUUUGUGCUAUCCUCUUUUGACACAUUCGUUGGUGGAUCUUCUUAACAGUGUUGUUUUUCCUGCCUUUAUAUUGUUUCCAAAAUAGAAUUGUCUCGGGUAAUAUUGCAGUUGGAAGUCUGGUAAGUUGUUUAUAAAUUAUAAUGCUUGGAUAUGUAAAAAUAAAUGUAUUAGUCAUAUAGCAGCUUCCUCAUAAUCUUGUAUGAAUUUGAAAAACGGAUCAACCAGAAUAAAAUCUCAAGUAAAAAAACGGAUCAACCGGAAUAAAAUCUCAAGUAAACAAACUUGGUCUA